CAAGCUCAUUGGCUGGAAAAGACGCACGCAUGCACACUAAAACACACGCAGUCCAACAACAGAGAGCUCAGUGUGGACCAGAGCAAGGUUAGCUGCUGACGCAAAGGGACGACUUCACUGUGACCGCAGGAGCUAACCAGAAAAAAAAAGAAGAUGUCUGACAGACUGAUUGACAUGGAGGACAACGUGACCCAAACUGGUCCAAAGGGAGUGAUCAAUGACUGGAGGAGGUUUAAGCUGGAAAGUAUGGACCAGGAGAAUUUGCCAUCUGCGAAGAAGGAACUGCUCAGACAGAUGUCGUCCCCUCACAAGGCAAGAGAAGACACAAGAGCAAACCUUAACCGCAAGAUGAGUGUCCAAGAAUAUGAACUGCUUAAGGAGGAGGAUGAAGGAUGUCUAAAGAAAUACAGACGGAGGUGCAUGCAGGAGAUGCACGACAAGCUCAGCUUUGGGCCCAGGUUUGAAGGUGUGCACGACCUGGACAGCGGAGAGGCCUUCCUAGAGGUCAUCGAAAAGGAGCACCACACCACAAUGGUGGUUGUCCACAUCUACAAGGUCGGGGUCAAAGGUUGCGAGGAGCUCAACACCUGCCUUGACUGCCUGGCCACUGAGUACCCCAGCGUGAAGUUCUGCAGGAUCGAUGCUGUGGCAUCCGGUGCUGCCGAGCGGUUCUCGGAUGAAGUUUUGCCUACACUGCUGGUGUACAAGGCUGGAGAACUACUGGGCAACUUCCUGGCCUGCACACAGCACCUAAACGAGGAGUUCUUUGCCACCGAUGUGGAGGCUUUCCUCAACAGCUAUGGCCUGUUGCCGGAGAAAGAGGUACCUGUCGCGGUGGACGAAGAGGAAAACGACGUUGAGUAAAGAAAGAGUUUGGAUCCUGAGGGAGAAAGGAAGCGGUCUCGGAUAGAGGACAGUUAUUAUUUGGGCCUGUGCAAAUUGAAAAACUAUAACAUCUCCACUAGUUCAGUUGUGUUUGAGGGCUGUUCUCUAAAGGAGACAUUUGACAUCCAGUUGGUGAAGAAGAAGUCUUAUUUUCCCAGAUCUGGGCGCUCUCAAAUAUGAGUGUUGGUAAGGUGAGGAGAUACAGUGUUUAUUUAUAAGAAUACAAUAUUUCCCAAAUCCUCUCAUCACCCCCUAAAAAACGACAACAAAAAAACAUUGAAGUGUAACUAUAAUGGAAACGUUUUAUUUUAUAAUGUUAGGAAACAUUACAUGCUGUAUGUACUUAUUUCUAGCAUUUCAUUGGAUUGAUCUGUAAACGAGUUUUUCACAAAUCCAGGGCUCAUACAAAAGUAACGACAUCCUAAUGUAGAAUAUUUAAACAUUUCAUAUUCUCGAGGGUUUUUUUGGGCAACAUAGAGGCAACAAGAGCCGAAUAGAACAGGGACUCUCAAGACCUCAGAGGCCAAAGCACUCCGGAUGUGGAAAUGUUUUAGUGUAAACAUAACUUUCAGCUGUCUGGUCCAGCAUUACCUACCCCUGCUUCCCAAGCAAAUGCGUUGGGAGGUUGUAUUACGUGGGGGGCGGGGGGGGGGAACAUUCAUGAGCCUCUGGUAUUUUAACAUCAUCGGAGAAGAGUUGAGCAGUUUUGUGUAUUUUAUAUUGUGCAAGUUGGAGAAAGUCAUGGAAAAAAGAAAUCGUGGGCUGUGGGCCUUCUUAGUGUGAUGUGACUCAGCAACAAUUCUUUGACGCAGCGCAACAGUCAAUAUUGUCGUCAGAAGGAUGGUUUCUAUUCGACAUCAUAUGCUGGAAUAUGAUGAAACAUAGCCUAAUAUACAUGUUGUCCACAGUAAAAAAAACGAAUAAAAUUCUACAAAAUAGUAAA